AGAAAUAUGAUGGCUCAGUCAGAUUUAGAUGGAAAAGAGAUGGCUCUGAAAGAGGAUUUGAAGUUUUACUUCAUGAACCCAUGUGAAAAAUACAGAGCAAGACGCCAAAUACCAUGGAAACUGGCUUUGCAGAUCUUGAAGAUACUUAUGGUUACUACACAGCUUAUUUUUUUUGGUUUGAGUAACCAGUUGGUGGUCUCAUUCAAAGAGGAAAACACUAUUGCUUUUAAACACCUAUUCCUGAAAGGCUAUUCUGGAGUUGAUGAAGAUGACUACAGCUGCAGUAUAUAUACACAGCAGGAUGCUUAUGAUAGCAUUUUUUAUGUUAUUAAUCAGUACAAGGAAUUAAAGAACAUAUCCCUGGGGACGCUUGGCUAUGAACAUGAAGGAUCAGGUUUAAAAAUCUGUAAGCACCAGUACAAGAAAGGCACGAUGCUUCCUUCCAACGAUACACUGAACAUAGAUGUUUCUACUGAAACAGAAUGUAUCUUUUUUAAGCCACAGGAGCUAGCUGGUAAGAAGGCUGAACUGAAGUUGAACUCCUCUUUUUUCAAUCUUGAAUUUUACAGGCUUAUACAGGUUGAAAUCUCUUUCAAGCUGAAGGGCAUUGCUCUACAGACGAUCCAUGCUCGUGAAUUGCCUGACUGCUAUGCGUUUCAAAAUACUAUAACUUUCAAUAACAGAGCCCACAGUGGAAAAAUCAAAAUCUAUUUUGAUAGUGACACUGAUAUUGAAGAAUGUAAAGACUGGCACGUAUUUGGCUCUGUUCUCCAGAAAAACACUCAGUAUAUUCUAGUCUUUGAUGGAUUUGUCAUUUUAAGUUGCUUUGCUUCUCUUGUCCUCUGCACACGAUCCAUUGUUCUUGCCCUGAGACUACAAAAAAGAUUUGUGAACUUCUUCCUGGAGAAAUAUAAGCGUCAUGUCUGUCAUGCUGAUCGCCUGGAGUUCAUAAAUGGAUGGUAUGUCCUGGUAAUUAUCAGUGAUGUGAUGACAAUCAUUGGGUCAAUCCUAAAAAUGGAAAUAAAAGCCAAGACCCUCACAAGUUAUGACGUCUGCAGCAUUUUACUUGGAACGUCAACUUUGUUUGUCUGGGUUGGAGUCAUCAGAUACCUGGGAUAUUUUCAAACCUACAAUGUGCUCAUUUUAACUAUGCAGGCGUCAUUGCCCAAAGUGCUAAGGUUUUGUUGUUGUGCUGGGAUGAUUUAUCUUGGCUAUACUUUCUGUGGUUGGAUUGUCCUGGGACCUUACCACGAAAAGUUUGAAGAUCUGAACACGGUGGCUGAGUGUCUGUUUUCUUUGGUCAAUGGUGAUGAUAUGUUUGCAACAUUUGCUCAAAUCCAGCAGAAGAGCAUGCUGGUGUGGGUGUUCAGUCGGUUAUAUCUGUACUCCUUCAUUAGCCUGUUUAUAUACAUGAUCCUCAGCCUUUUUAUUGCACUCAUUACCGACUCCUAUGACACCAUAAAGAAAUACCAACAAGGUGGGUUUCCAGUAACAGAUCUACAUGAAUUUCUGAAAGACCAUGGCAGUGUUGGUUACAGAAAAGAACAGACUUCCAUGCCGUUCAUCUGCUGCUGUAGGAGACAACAGAGUGAUGACAACUUGAUACUUAUUAAUUGAUGAUUACAUAUUGAAAUUCACCACUAAAAUAUGCAAAGAAAGCAUAGUUGUAUGGAGAAGAAUAACUCUCCAAAUUGCCAUGAAACCCACUAUCUGGACCUGCCUCGUUCUGAACAGACUAAUCUUACCUAAUUAAGGUGUUGGGGGAAGAAGAGCUGCUAAUGUGACCUCAGCUGGCUGACCAGGAGGAGAGCCCAGAAGCUGCACCUGGAGGAGAGCUAUCAAGAACUUUGUAUUCUUGCCCCAAGUUCUCUCACGUUAAAGAAG